AUGUACGUCACCGAUGAGCCUGUAGUAGCUGUAUUAGACACUGAGAAGGAGUCAAAAACAGUGGUAGUAACACCAACAGGUGCCAGAGAACAUACGUUGAGGAGUACAGCUAAAGUGAAUAUCAAUGUAAAUGGCAUCAACAUACCCACCUACCUACAAGUAUUGAAGUCUGUUGAUAAGAAUUUGCUACUAGGAACUGACUGGUUCCAAAAAGCUCGAGCGAUGGUAGAUUUAAAUAAACAAAAACUAGUAAUUAGGUAUUUAGAUAAGAGGUUUGAAGUACCCAUAAUGCAUACAGACAAGGGAAAACAGAAGGAGUAUGUGAACGAGGACAUGAGGUCAGGUGACCACGAUGGUGACAAAAAUGAUGAUGAUGAUCUAUUUGAGGAAUUUGAGUAUAAAAGUAAAGAUUUAGAAGAAGUUGAAAGUUACUCUACAGAUAGUAUUUCAGUUGAUGAAGUAUCGAAAAAUGAGUUGAAAGGAAGGAUUUAUGAUGAAAACAUUGAAGAAGAAAGCCCGGCAGUCUGUCUAGCUGUAAUGGAAGAAGUCCCAACUGAAAAGAAGGUCUCUGUUGAUGAAAAACCACCUGUGAAAGACCAAUUGGUUAGAAUAGUGGAUGGUAAUAAAUAUAGAAGCAUAGUAUAA